GUUCGCGUCAGUUAGCCUCCGCGCUCGUGGAAGUUGGUUGUGUGCGACUUCUUACUUCUCGUCGGAUUCAACUGUCGAAACAAGUUAAACUGUAUGCGAUCUUAUAAGAACUUUAUUUUAUAAUUAAAUCAUCGCGAUGGACUUACAAAUAUCGUCCGCCUCACGUCAUAUUGUAUUUUUUUCAUAAUGUUAGAAACUUUUGAAGUGAAGUAGUGUGUUUUAUCUUUGCGAACGUUACGCAGGUGUAACAAAAACUUUGUGUAUUGUUUUGUCAAGAGACGUUAACUGUUGAAGAGUCAGAAUUUUGAAUUUGACUCUUCUCUUGUUUUUGUUGUAAAACUGUAACGUGUUGAAAAGAGACAAAAUGAGGUCCUCUCGUGGAAGGACGACAGGUGUGGCGGCGCUCGCGCUUAUGUUGGCAGCUCUAACAGGAUGUUCAGCUCAGAACCUGAGGAUAUACCCGAUGCAGAAGCAGCAAACGGUGGCUGUUGGGAAGUCUGUGGUGCUAACGUGCCAGGCUGAUGCGUCGGACCCCGCCCUAGUGUCACAACCGCACUGGAGGGAUCCUAAAGGCCAAAUUAUUAAUGAGGCUGCGUCUGGCACGCGACCCGAAAUCUACACCGAGCCAAUGCCCGCGAAACAACUUCAGCUAUUAUACAUAUCGUCAAUCACGCCGGCGAUGGCAGGCAAUUACACUUGUGAAGCAACCUUCACCAACAUGCCGCUUAGUGCUAGCGUUGUUCUGGACACUUUUGUGGCAAUUACAUGGACAAAUGCGAAUGAAAAUCAGUAUGCGACGAAAGGAAAAGACUUUAAAGUAAUGUGCGAAGUGACUGCCGAGCCCGCACCUUCAGUGGAUUGGUUUAAGGAAGGCACUCCCAUUUUGACUGGUGAUCGAUACGUCAUUGAUGUCAACGGUCUAUUAAUUAAAAGUAUUGAGGAAAGCGAUGACGGAACAUAUACAUGCAGGGCUGUUGUCAUUCAAACUGGAGAACUAGCUGAAAGGAAUAUUAAACUCGAGGUAUACACAGCUCCAGAAAUGGAAGAAAGAGAAACAAGAGUGGUCAUUAAAGAAGGAGAGUCUGCGUCAAUCACCUGCAAAGCAAGAGGAAAGCCACCACCAACGUAUUCUUGGAUCAAAGCUUCAACACGAGAGAAUUUGGGAACUGCCUCUCGGUUCAGCGUGAACGAAAUUAAAGGUCUACUUACAUUUGAUCGCGUAGAGGCUGGUGACUACGGCAAAUAUAUUUGCAGUGCUGUCAAUCAGGCGGGUCAUAACGAGACGGAAAUCGAAGUAGAGGUUUUAGUUCCACCAAAAAUAUUUGAACUAUAUAACACAACGGCUGCCGAGAAAACCGAGGGCAGAUUAGAAUGUAAAGCCUCAGGUAGACCUGCACCAAGGAUUAGCUUUAGGAAAUUGAGCAGCUCUGAGCGGCUUCUAAACGGUCCUAAUGAUGAUGGAAGGAUCAUAAUUGAAACCAGUAAUCGCCAAACGGGUGACCAGAUGCAGUCAAGUGCGGUGAUUACUAUUACGUCUUUGAAUAGAACGGACGAUGGCUUAUAUGAAUGCGUCGCUGAAAACGAAGGUGGUGAAGCAAGAAAGAACGGACAUUUAACUGUUCAAUUUAAGCCAACAUUUGAACAUAUGACGAAUGUACCGAUAUGGAGUUGGAAUUCACAACCUGUGAACAUCAGUUGCAUCGCCGAAAGUAUUCCCAACGCAACUAUUAAAUGGAAGUUCCACGAUGUCGAUCUAAUCGAGUCUCCACAAGUGAGAAUAUACGGAUCGGGACCCAUUAGCUACGUGACAGUCACGCCCACCGAUAGAAGUCUUUACGGCGUUUACAAAUGUAUAGCGACCAACACAUUGGGAGAGGCCGAACAUAUCAACCAAUUAAGAGAAGCUUUCCCUCCAGGCACUGUUACUCAAGCUAAACAAGAGACUAUCACAGCCACUUCCGUAUCAUUCAGCAUAGUUGGGCCACCCGAAGAGAUGGGCCCUCCGAUCCUCGCAUACACAACUCAAUACAAGGAAAACGGCAACUACGAUUGGAAUUUAGCUAUGAAUAGAACGUGGUCUGCUAACUCCCCUUACAUCGUUGAGAACUUGAGACCUAUGUACUCCUAUGACUUUAGAUUUGCGGCAGUAAAUCGAGUUGGCGUUGGAAGUUGGGGCGCUCCAAUCACUGUUAUUAUGCCUAGGAGGUCUCCUCCAGAACAACCUAAGUGGAGAGAAGCAGUGAGUUCUGAAUCGCUGAUUCAUGGAAAGUUUGCCGAUAGAUACGAAUUGCAAUGGAAAGUGCCGGCUCACAACGGUGAACCGAUCGAUAUGUAUGAAAUAAGCUAUUGUCCAGUCAUGAAAGUUAGCGGCGAAUGGCGCAUAUCAGGAGAAUCGGAUUGUUUGACGGAAGAGCUAAAGUCAUACGAAGCUAUUAACUACGAAGUCCGAGGUCUUCAGCCAGACACUAGAUACAGAAUGCACGUCAGAGCUCACAAUAUACUGGGCUACUCCUUGCCAGCCCAGCUCUACGUACAGACGGCCCUCGGUGUUGAACGGUCAGGAUUUGCACCACCUCAACUGCUUUCAAGUGGAGCCAUAGUAGGGAUAGCGCUGGCCGGUGUCCUGAUCUGCCUUCUCAUAGUGGAUCUCCUCCUCUUCUGCUUCCGAAGGCAAGGUGUCAUUGCAACGAUCUGUGGUAAACGCGUUAAGACACACAAGGAUGACGAAACAAAAUUAGGAAGUCUGUACGGUUGGCGCUUCCCGCUCCCUUAUUGCAGCACGAAGCCGCGAGCCCCGCCCUCCCCCGCGCCGCUGCCGCCUCCGGUCAAGCUCGUGCCGACACCAACGGAUGAAAAGGAGCCGCUGAAGGAGACAGGCGAUGAUGCUAUCAAAAGGAAUUCUUCGGUAGAGUUUGACGGCCGCAGAGUUUACGCUACCAGUGGAGGACCUAUUAUUGGGAAAAACUCGGCGGUUUAAAAAGAAAAUUACUAUUCGUCAAUGGGUAGCUAUUUUGUUGUACUAAAUCAAAUAUUUCCAGCGCUUAGAGCGUAAAACUUGCCUGAAAUUGAACACAAUUUUGUACUUUACACAAUUGCACUGUGAGUUCGUAUCUUUCUUAACUUAAGCUUAUUAUACUACUUACGUAUUCGUGCGUUUUGACAAGACGCAAUACAAUAUUAAUAUAUUUGAGAUGCGUUAAAGAUAAAAUUUGUUUUUGAUAUUGGUACAACAUUAUGGUUUGGAUAUGCACUUAUUGUUAGCGAGAUGCUUGUGUAUUUGUGAUGAGCGCGACCAGUAUUUAUAACUGCCAAAAGACGAAUUAUUGUAUUUGUCGUGAAAGCUUUUUGAUUAUGUUACAACUAUGAGAUUAGGCACUGACAUAUGAUCAUCCUAGGAGGAUAUUUUUCUACUUUUAAUACUCUAACACGUAAUAAACAGAUUUAGACACGAUUUUAUAUAAUUAUUUUGUACUUAUUAAAUCGCUUCAAAGGUACAAAAUGAGCCUUUUAGGGUAUUGUACCUACAUAAGGUUAUUAUAAGAUCGGUUCAUAUGUAAAUAAUUAUAAGUCUUAGAACGUAAGUUUUUUUUAAAUGUUUGGCUAUGCUGAAAUAUGUAAUCUUUAUACCAGUGAUCUUUUAUAAUUUAUUUAAUCCCUAGAGGGUUAAUCACAAUAUAUAUUUAUAAGUCAUGCAUUUAAUGUACUUUAAGAUGUGUAAAUAUUUAGUAAUAGUGUUAUGUAAAUAUUAUGUAUACACACACCGUUAAAUCUUUAAUUUUUCAAUAGGAUCGUCUCCCAAUUAUCUUAGAUAUAGAAAUGGGUAUUAAUUGUCUUAAACAUGUUUUGUUAAGUAAGUAUUUUUAAUGUCACUUUUCAUUCUUCAUAUAAAUAGGACGAAUUAAUUUUAAACUCACCAUAAUGUUAAUAAAAUCUUAGUUAUAAAAUUGCUCUCUUUUACAUAAAUCAGUAGACUUAAAAGUAUUAUUCUAAGUUUUAGUAUCUGGCGCGCUUUAGCUGUGGUAAUCAUUUCUGAAGUAACGCGAAAAGCAAGUUCAAUGACACUUGGUAACAGAAGUAUAUAAUCACAUAUAUAAGUGGCGUAAAGUAUUUUUUCAAUUUUGGUAUUUAAUCAUUUUGACAUUGAAGGAUUUUUACAAGAAAUCA